AUGACUGACGUUCCUCUUCCUGAAUGCCUUCCAAAGCCAGAAGAACCGAAAGCUGCAGAACCACAACAGUCUCCUCAGCAACCUCAGUUCCAGCAAGUACCUCCGAAUUACUACCAAUUUCCACCUUAA